UUCUAAAGACGAGGAAGAAGAAGGAGGUUUCAGCGCGUCUGAGAAAAUGGUUUUGUCUCAAGAAUUCCCAGAGCCCAAUGGCCCUUUAGAUAUUUACAGAAAAAGAGCAUCCUUCGACUGGAAGGAAAUGCUGAGGUUCAUGGAGGGUGAGGAAAUAACUGCUUUUAAGCAACACGUUUUCAACACGUUGGAGAAUGACCCGCUCUUUGCCAGACAGCCAGGUGAGGAUCUUUCCGUGGAACGAAAGAGAGAGCUCACUUUUCUCCGCGCCAAACAGCUGUUUAAGUACAACUUCCUGACACAGGAUGAGAUUAUGCAGAAUCCAUGGAAGAUCACGAUCCUAAGCGACUGCCUGGGCAGUUAUGACUGGUCUUUAGGUGCCAAAUUCUUCCUCAACACGGGGAUGUUUGCACGUACUGUGUCUAGCUCUGGAUCCCCGAGGCACUUCAAAUUUGUGCAGGAUACGGAACAUAUGAUGAUAUAUGGCUGUUUUGCACUGACAGAACUGAGUCACGGCAGCAACACAAGGCUUAUGAGAACAACAGCUACAUACGACCCCAGCAGCCAGGAGUUCAUAAUAAACUCCCCAGACUUCGAGGCAGCAAAAUUCUGGAUUGGAAACCUGGGGAAGACUGCCACCCAUGCUAUUGUGUUUGCUCAGCUGUACACGCCUGAUGGAGUCUGUCACGGCCUGCACUCUUUUGUGGUUCAGGUUAGAGAUCCCAAAACCUUACUGGCAAUGCCAGGGGUAAUGGUUGGAGACAUGGGGAAGAAAGUGGGCCAAAACGGACUAGACAACGGUUUUGCAGUUUUCCACAACGUGAGGAUCCCUCGGGAAAAUCUGCUCAACAAAAUGGGGGACGUGACACCUGACGGACAAUACGUGACCCCAUUUAAGGACCCUAAUAAACGCUUCGGGGCCUCACUAGGUGCCUUGUCUGGAGGAAGAGUGUCCAUAACGAGAAUGGCAUUGGUCAACCUGAAGUCAGCAUUGACAAUUGCUGUGCGGUUCUCUGCCACACGACGCCAGUUUGGGCCUAAAGACGAUGAAGAGAUCCCAGUACUGGAGUACCAGCUACAGCAAUGGCGACUUGUACCAUAUAUAGCAGCGGCCUAUGCACUUGACCUGUUCUCCAAAUCCUUUUACAUGAAGUUUGUGGAGUUUCAAAUUGGUCUGUUGAUGAAGGACGACAGUGACAGACAGGCUGAACUGGGUAGAGAGAUUCAUGCCAUGUCAUGCUCCAAUAAGCCCCUGGGUUCAUGGACGGCUCAGCGGGGCAUUCAGGAAUGCCGUGAAGCCUGUGGAGGGCAUGGAUACCUGGCCAUGAACCGCCUUGGAGACCUGCGUGAUGACAAUGACCCCAACUGCACAUAUGAGGGGGACAACAACGUCCUUUUGCAACAAACUAGCAAUUACCUUCUUAAUCUGCUCCACCACCAGCAGCAAGGUAAAGGAAGGAUUGAGUCUCCUCUGGAGACGGUCAACUUCCUGAACGACUGGAAAAGAAUUCUUAAAAGCAGGUUCACAGCUGCCUCGGUAGAAGAGUGCAUGGACUCAGCAGUGCCUCUGGCAGCAUAUAAGUGGCUGGUAUGUUUCUUGCUGGGGGAGAGUCAGAGGAAGCUGAGCGAGCAGAGGGCUCUGGGGAUGGGAGACUUUGAGGCACGCAACAACAGCCAGGUGUAUUACUGUUGCUCAUUGGCUAUAGCCUACAUUGAGCACACAGUUCUGCAGCACUUUCAUGACAUGACUAGGGAUGACCAAACUCCACCAAAUGUCCGAUCAGUUCUGAGGAAGCUGUGUGCCCUUUACGGGCUUUGGACCCUCACAAACCACAUGGCUAUUCUCUACCAAGGAGGCUAUUUGUCUGGAAAGGAGCCAGCUGACUUCAUGCAGAAUGCUAUCCUCACUCUGUGUAGACAGCUGAAAGAUGAUGCUGUGGCUUUGGUUGAUGUAAUCGCUCCUCCUGACUUUAUUCUGAACUCACCCAUUGGCAAAGCAGAUGGUGAGCUCUAUAAGAACUUGUGGGCCGCUGUCAUGCAGGGAAAGGGCGUUCUGGAACGUCCAUCUUGGUGGGCAGAGUUUUGCUCCAAUAAGCCGGUAGUGGGAUCCCUCCGAGCCAAGCUCUGAUGUACAGAGGCGGUCUGAUGUGGUCUCCUAAAAGUUCUGCCUUGGCAUAAUGUCUAAACACCUGAGCAAAUGUGAAGAGGGGAAAGAUCUUGAUUAAAGCAAACCUCUUGUUUGUUAUAAUUAGGAACAAGUUUGUAAUUACAUAAUUUUAAGAGACCACCAAAGAACUGGCAUUAUAUCUGAUUUUUAAAGGGGAUUUUUCUUUUUAUAAUUAAAUGAGAUUUAUUAUAAUAAUAGUAAUCCAGUAUUUUGUUUAUAAUGACUUAGGGAGCAUUUUAAUUUUAUCAUGUUUAUAAUUGUAUUAAAUUCAAGUGCAUUAAGAUCUACUAUGAUCAACUGUGAUAUUAGUGUUAAUAGCAGUAGAAGUGACACUUUGUAAAGCAUAAUUGCUCUUAAUACACUGACUGGCCAAAGAAAAGAACUUUAAUAUUUCAUCCAUCCGCUUUUAUCUUUUAAUGUUUAUUAAUUAUUUUCUAUUACAAUAUUAAUGUUUAAUUCAUGUGUGAAAAUUGUUUCUCGUGCUCCCAAAACUAGUCUUUCACAAUUUGAAUCCUGGAAUGUCCCUGUGCCAUUAGAGAAGAAAAGCUCCAUUGAUGAGAGAACCUGGUCAUUCAGUACAUUCAGGUCAUCAGCUGACUUUAAUUUAUUGCCACAUAACGUUGCUCAGUCUAGACCUGACCAACUAAAACCACCACAUAUAACAACCCCGCUUCCAGAGCUAUGUAUAUAUAAUAAUACAUGAUGGGAGCAUAGCUUGAUGUACUUUUCUUUUUACCCUGACACGUCCAUCGCUCUGGAAUAGGUUCACUCUGGACUUAUUAGACCAGUGAGAACUGUGACUUCUUUUUGCAUUGUCUGUAUAAAAGCAAUUUACCUUCACCUUAACAUAGCCGUGAUUUUCUAAUGUUGAUUUCUUUUUUACAUUGCAGCUUCAGCAGAUGUUUAAGUGAUUCUACAUUAUUGUUUAUUUUUCAGAGAACAUUUUCAUUCCAGGUUUUAAAGUUUUUUUUUGUUUGAUGCUUGUCAAUAAAAUGGACCCUUUUGAGAUGGCAACUUUUCAGGCAGUGUAUUACAGCAGUUGUGCUAAUUAAGUAGUACUGUAAAAUAAAGGUUGAAUCAUGAAAAUAAUUACUAAAGCUUAUAAUACUUUAUCAUUUGCAUGGUUUCUGUAAUUUGCUGUAACUACAAUAACAUUUUAAUAUAAACAAAUAUUUUUGGAAAAAGCA